AUGGGUUUCACACCCGAGCCGGCCCUUCCUGGAACGGCUCCAUGCCUCAAAUCAGAUUCUGGCGAGAUAUGGACUCCCCUAUACAGCCACCCCUGUACUUUUCCCGCGGAAAUCUUUAGAGAGGUCAUUCUGAACCUCAUUCGAAAUCCCAAUAUCAAUUCAAAUCAUCUUUUCAGAGCAGACAUAUCUCUUGACUGUCCAUUUGGCGAAAACGUUCCCAUCGAAACCACCAUUCAACCCAAGAUCACUCAUUUUCAAGGUUACGAUCUCAAGAGAGUGAUGGUUCGAACUAUGAUACCUAGGAAUAUGGCCGUCGAUAAGCCACUCGAUCAAACAUGCAACUUUUACGAGCAGGUCAAGGAUUCCGGAGAAGCUCUGUCUCUGGUCACCUAUCUGCCCCAUAUCUCAUCCGCACAAGAAUCUCCCUUCUACCACCCGGCUGUUCGAGGAAUAGGAUUUCUCCACACCUUCAAUGCCCAAACCGAAGAAGGUUUACUGUCAAUACAUUACUCACUCUUUGAAUCGGAAUCCCGGUCAGUGAAGUUGGAGCGAACAGCCAUGCAUCUUCUGCAUGUUCUCCAUAAGCAUGGACAAGGCUCGUUAAAUGGAUACGUCAAAAGAGUCAAUCAUGACUUGAUCAUACCGCAAGCGGUAGUCCAGAACACGUAUGCACGGCUAAAGGUCAAAUAUGCAAGAAAUAUUGUUCUGGCAUGGGUCGAGAGCACGGAUCCUGGAAAGCACGUCUUCGAGGAUCUCGGUAUUGCCGCGUUCUUGAUCGAGCUAUGGGCAGAAAUGUACAAAGAUAAGGAGUUUCCAGGCUUCGUUGACAUCGGCUGUGGCAAUGGUCUCCUAGUCCACAUCCUGCUUGAAGAGGGCUAUGUCGGUUGGGGGUUUGAUGCGCGGAAACGCAAGUCCUGGUCAUCUUGGGGUUCUAAAGCGCAAGAAAGCUUGAAGGAGCUCGUGCUGAUCCCUUCUGUCAUCCAAACCACCUCGAAUCCCACAUCAGAGCGGGAGCCCACAAAUAAUGAGAACGGUACAGCAUCCAAUACCUCGAUAAUGCCCUUUGAGGAAGCGGACCUAGUCUCUAAGUUUCAAGCAACUCAGAUCUCAGGGACUCACAACGGCGUCUUCCCCAAGGGAACUUUCAUCGUCUCCAACCAUGCCGAUGAACUCACACCUUGGACACCUAUUCUGGCCAACAUUUCUGAAUCUCCCUUCAUGAUGAUACCCUGCUGCAGCCAUUCUCUCAGUGGCUCUCGCUUCCGCGCUCCCCCUCCCAAAGAUGCAGGAGCAUCUAGCUCUGCGUACGCAUCCCUCGUCGCCUGGGUCUCAAAGCUUGCAAAAGACUGCGGAUGGGAGGUCGAGAAGGAGAUGUUGCGUAUUCCUAGUACUCGGAACACGGCAUUGAUCGGUAGACGGAGGGAGAUUCCCUUCAAAGAUGUUGAUGUGCGAGACUUGGUUCAGGACUAUGGCGGUGCUGCUGGUUGGGAGGAAAAUGCCAUGAAGCUUGUCAAAGCGGCGGCGAGAGGGCAUUGA